AUGGCAGACUACGGAUCAUCUUCCGAGACAGUGGCAGACAGCAUGGUUAUCAGCAUGAUGAGCACAGAGCUAAGCACUCCACUGUUCGGAAGCGCGCAGGCCUACAGGCGGAGUAUCCUGCGUCCAUCUCAUCCAAGCCAGCAGCAGCACCCCCAUUUGCAUCGACACUGCCCCAGACACCGCCGGUACAGCAGCACCGACACUCGAUCAGUCCACUGGGUCAACAACAACAACAACGACGACGACCGUCCCCCGCAAACACCCUUCCCGAGCGCCGCAGUCGUCGCGCUCCUCAAGUCCCUCUCCCAACUCAGCCCCCGCACGCGCGACGUCCUGAUCGAGCUCGCCGCCGCGCUGAAUGAGUUCGCACUGCUGCUCGACCGCGUCGACAGCCUGCAAGCCCGCUUCCUCCGCCACCACCACCAACACCACCUUCCCCCCGCUUCAACCCGCCAGCGCAUCGACGCGCUCCUCGCCGCCUCCGACGUCAUCCUCGCAGCCGGCACCGAGGCCAUCGAGCGCGCGGUCGGCGGGGCGUUCGUCCUGAGCAGCAUCCGCGCCGAGACGGUGGUGCUGGAGGUGCGGCGCAGGAAGAAGUCGGAAGGCCUGCACGAGCUCUGGGCCGCGGGCCGGCAGAAGAAGCCGAAGAAGGAGAAGCGGUGGGGCGUCACGUCGGUCGGCGAGGUGGCGCGAGUGGGCUCGGAUGAGAAGGAUAUCGAAGAGUGCAGGGGGAGGAGGGAUGAGCAUAUGCAGUUGGUCAUGGGGACGUAUGAGGUGAGGGCUUAUGAUAGGGUGGGGAUGCAGGGGGAGGGGGCUUUGUUGUGA